AUGGACGACAAGGACUUUAUCAACGGCGAUAACGCCAAUCCCACUGUCUUCAACAACCCCAAAGAUUCCGACAUCAUCCUCGAGUUCGGCUGCCAUCAAGUCUAUGCUCACAGAGCCAUCUUGCGCAUGUGCCUCAACUCUCAGUUCCCUGUCGCAACAAGCGCAGUCUUCAACAUCGUCCAUGACAGCCCAGAAGAUCUUAUGCCCAUCUAUGCCAUGCUCAAGCAUGUCUACGGCAUGCCUUCUGGCAUUCAUCCAAAGAACACUCGAUUCUAUCAUGCUGAGAACGAGCAUGAAUUGAUGUAUUCUAUCAGAGUCUACAUGCUUUCAGACAUCUAUGAUGUCCCCUCCGCCCGCAACGCUGCCAUAUCCGCCGUUAAAAACUUGCUGGAUGAAUGUACGGGCUCUGACACUCUGGGCGAGGAAGACCAUCGUGCAGUCGCAGAAUGCGUUAUGAAGCUCUGCGGUCCAGGCGCACCUCAGCUGGCCGACAGCAAGCUGCGCAACACUUUGUUCUCCUGGCUGUCUGACAACUUCCAUUUCGUGACCAGAAAUCCCGAGUUCAAGGCCAAGAUCGAAAAUGGAUCUCUGCUUGACACUGAGUUGACUGCAAAGUUGCUUUUCGCGUUGAGUGCACAGAUUGCAUCUCCGCCUCGAAAGAAGAGAAGAGUGCAAACAGUGUACCUUCGCUCAGAACAUCCUUGA